GCCGCCCGCGAGGGGCCGGGGCCGGGGCCGGCGAGGCCAUGCGCGGGGGCUGGGCAGGGGGCCGGCGGGGCGCGCAGCAUAGCUGCCUCCGAGCCUGAGGCGCCCGGGGCCGGGGCCGGGGCUGGGGAGCCGCGCGGGCGGCCGGCCGGGGGGAGGGGAGCGAUGCGGCGCCGGCGGGCGGCCGUGGCCGCGGGUUUCUGCGCCUCCUUCCUGCUGGGCUCGGUCCUCAACGUGCUCUUCGCACCGGGCUCGGAGCCACCGCGGCCGGGCCAGUCCCCAGGGCCCUCGCCAGCUCCGGGCCCAGGGCGUCGCGGGGGCCGUGGGGAGCUGGCCCGGCAAAUCCGGGCGCGCUACGAGGAGGUGCAGCGCUAUUCCCGCGGGGGGCCCGGGCCCGGGGCAGGCCGGCCGGAGCGCAGGCGCCUGAUGGACCUGGCUCCGGGCGGGCCGGGCCUGCAACGUCCCCGGCCCCCGCGGGCCCGGCCCCUGCCCGACGGCGCUCCGGGCUGGCCCCCAGCUCCCGGCCCAGACUCCCCCGGCCCGGGCCCGCGUCUGGGCUGCGCCGCGCUCCGCAACGUGUCUGGCGCUCAGUACGUGGGCUCUGGCUACACCAAGGCCGUGUACCGGGUCCGCCUGCCCGGCGGCGCCGCGGUGGCGCUCAAGGCGGUGGACUUCAGCGGCCACGAUCUGGGCAGCUGUGUGCGCGAGUUCGGGGCGCGGAGGGGCUGCUAUCGGCUGGCGGCCCACAAGUUGCUCAAGGAGAUGGUGCUGCUGGAGCGGCUGCGGCACCCCAACGUGCUGCAGCUCUAUGGCUACUGCUACCAGGACAGCGAGGACAUCCCGGACACCCUGACCACCAUCACGGAGCUGGGCGCCCCUGUGGAGAUGAUCCAGCUGCUGCAGACCUCCUGGGAGGACCGGUUUCGAAUCUGCCUCAGCCUGGGCCGUCUCCUCCACCACCUGGCCCACUCUCCGCUGGGCUCAGUGACUCUGCUGGACUUCCGCCCUCGGCAGUUCGUGCUGGUGGACGGGGAGCUGAAGGUGACAGACCUGGACGAUGCACGCGUGGAGGAAACACCAUGUGCAAGCAGCACCGACUGCAUUCUUGAGUUUCCAGCCAGGAAUUUCACCCUGCCCUGCUCAGCUCAGGGCUGGUGCGAGGGCAUGAAUGAGAAACGCAACCUCUACAAUGCUUACAGGUUUUUCUUCACCUACCUCCUGCCCCAUAGCGCCCCACCCUCACUGCGGCCCCUGCUGGACAGCAUCGUCAAUGCCACAGGAGAGCUCACCUGGGGGGUGGACGAGACCCUGAGCCAGUUGGAGAAGGUGCUGCACCUGUACCGGAGCGGGCAGUACCUGCAGAACUCCUCAGCAAGCAGCAGUGCUGAAUACCAGCGCCUCCCAGACAGCACCAUACCCCAGGAGGACUACCGCUGCUGGCCAUCCUACCACCACGGAGGCUGUCUCCUUUCAGUCUUCAACCUGGCUGAGGCUGUGGACGUCUGUGAGAGCCAUGCCCAGUGCCAUGCCUUUGUGGUCACUAACCAGACCACCUGGACAGGUCGCAAACUGGUCUUUUUCAAAAGUGGAUGGAGCCAAGUGGUCCCAGAUCCCAACAAGACCACCUAUGUGAGAACCUCUGGCUGACUGGGCUGAAGGCUCCACUGACCAGCUGACCAACCCUGCCGGCUGGACUGACCUACAGCAGGAGGGACUUGCACAAGCAGUACGGCGUGUCACCUGGGGCCCCCUGUAGACAUGGCUGCCAUCCCAGACAGAUUGAUGUGACCAGGACAAAUGUGCAAUAAUGCAAAAUGUUAAAAUGUGAGUUUACCAACCUAGGUAUGGGACUGCUGGCUUCUGGGCCAGGACUCAUGGGAGGUUGGCCCAGGGCCUCUCCAAAUCCUCUGGGCUGUGAGCAUAGCUCAAGCCAGCCUCCCCACCGGGGCGGGGGUCGUGCCCCACCCUGGGGCAGAGCCGUGGGCAGCCCCAUCGCUAAGGUUGCAGUGUGAGAAUGUAGCCAAAGCCCUGCUGCUGCUGCCGCUGCCACCAUCACUGCUGCUGCCGCCGUGCCUGCCAUGGCACGAGGGCUGCUGCAUGGGACAGUCAGUCGCAGGAGUGCGCUUUCGAAGUGCCCCUAGCUGUGAGUGAUCCUCUGCCUGCAGGGGCCUUUCUGACCCCCUGACUGGGGCACUCCUGGGCCCGCCCAAGGGUCAGGGGCAGAGGCACGCGUGUCCAUAUUGAGCCAAGAUUGGGGGUGGAGAAGCAGGUUGCCUUUUGAGCCAGGACCUGGGGUGGGGGUGGGGCCGGGGUCUUUCUGCCUCAUUUGCUUUCAGUGAAAGCCGCAAAGCAGCCAAAAAUCAGGCUCCAACCCCCCUCCUGGAGUUUGUAUAUGCAGAAGCUUUUGUACUUCUUCUUCAUGAAAUUGUUUAUUUUUGUAAAAAUAAAAUAAGGAAAAAACAUUGAUUAGUUAAUAAAAUGAUGCCUCAUGGCAGAAGCCCUUCCCAAGCCAGGGUUUCUUAGGCUGUGACUUAGUGGCUCUUGGUCACGUUCCUGGUGUGUGUUUAAGGCUGUGUGUGUGUGCCAUUGGGCAUGAAGCCACUAAAAUGUGUGUUCAGGGCCUGCCUCUGUGGUGCCCUCGUGCCCUAACCAGGGCCCCUGACAUAACUGUCCCAACAAAACCCAUGAGGAGCAGGGCUCCUGGCUGGAACAUCUCUGCGUGUCUCCCCCCUUCUCUGUCUCUGCUUUUCUAAUAGAUAAGAAAUGUCUUUAUGAUAUCAUUUAUUUGAAAGGCACAGAGAGAAAGGAAGAGACACAGAAUAUCUAUCCGUUGGUUCAUUUCCCAGAUGACAGCAACAGCCAGGAUUGGGCCAGCUGGAAGCCAGGAGCUUCCUCCAGGUCUCCCAUACGGGGCUGGAGCUCAGGCACUUGGGUCAUCUUUCACUGUUUUCCAGGGGUGUUAGUAGGGAGCUGGAUCAGAAGCGGAGCAGCCAUAUGGAAUGCCAGUGCCAAAGGUGGCAGAUUGACCCAAUGUACUACAACACUAGCCCCUAAAAAAUAAAUCUUAAAAAAUAAAUGUCCUUUUUCCCCAAGGA